UUAUGUUGGCGCAAAUUAAAACUUAUACUCAACCAUUUUUAUAUUGCCCACCAAAUGUUCGACGAAAUGCCAACUCCAAAAACCAAUUUGUUUCCAUUCACACUUCCAUCACAUCAUCCUUUUUCUAGAAACCCAAUUCUCCCACCAUUCAAAUAUUAAUCAUUUCUUCAUAUUCUAUCUUAUCUGACCUUUUCUGAGGAGAGAGAAAAGAGAAAAUUAAUGGGGAACAACAUGGGUGGAGGAACCAGUAAAACAUCAAAAAUUAUGAAAAUCAAUGGCGAAAAUUUCAAGUUGAAGAUCCCAGCUAAAGUUUUUGAUGUUAUUAAAGAUUACCCAGAUCAUAUUUUGUUAGAUUCUGAAGAUUUUCUCAGGUUCAAUCUCAGAGCUAAACCUUUAAACCCAGAUUUUGAGCUUAAACCCAGAAAAAUCUAUCUUCUUGUUGAAUUACCCAAAUUUCCAUUGAAUAAUACUUGCAAUAGUAAUUAUCAAACCCCACUUAGGGAGGUGAGAUCUGGUGUGCUCGCGCCCACGACAACUACGAAAGAUUUCAUGUCUCGAAGAACAGCAUCCGAUGAUCUUACUCUUAUCACGAGAUCAAUGGCUGAUUAUGGAAGUUCAGUGGGUCCUACUAGGGUUAAGAUGAAGCUGCCGAAGGCUCAGGUGCAGAGGAUUAUGGAGGAGAGUGGAGACGAUGUUGAGGCUGCUAAGAAGAUAAUACGGCUUUGUUUGGAAGAUAACACGGCCGUGUGCGGUGGUGGAGCGGCGGUGGAGGCGGAGGAGAGAGAAAAUGGUGGGGUGGUUAAUGUGGAGAGUCGGAGACAUUGUUCGAGUGUUUAUGAUAUGUGUAGUCUUUGCUCUAGUUACCGCCGUAAGUAUAAGAAAUUAACCUCCUAGUAAGUUGUACGGGUACGGAUAUAGAUACGGGAUAUCAAAGAACGAAUUACGUAUGUUUAUGUUGUUAAGACGUGCCUGUGUUUGAGUACACGCCAUCUAUUAUUAGAAGUGUAUGUGUGAUAAAAUGAAGUGUUAAGUGUUAAGUAUUGUUUAAUUUAGUAGUUAAAGAGUAAUUUAUUUUAGGGUUUAUGAUUAUUAUUACCUCAAUUAGAUGAUGUAAAAAUUAGGGUGUAAAAUUAGGUGCAAAUGUAUAUACUAUAUGUCUAUAUAGUGUGGUUGAUGCUUUGAUGGUAUGAUUAAUUACUAUGAUCCAUUCAUGAGUUUUUUUGAGUAAAAUUUGUGAUAAGCUUGAAAGAGUUUCAAUUAUUCAACUAUGUAUUAGAUGUUAGAUGCAUAUAUGAUAAGAUUGUGUGUUAUUAUGAGGUA